AUGAAGUAUCCACCAGAUAUUCGAAAACUGGAAGGUAUCAUAAUGAAGCGAGCAUAUGGUCUGAUUGCCAAAACUAUAAUUUCCUUAGACUAGAAAAGUCAUGUAAUAUAUUGCUUUCCUGUCCAAAUAUAUUGCAUAAGUGCAAAAUUUAUCGUUUCUUGCUGUACAACUAAUUAUAUCAAUGGGUUAUUAAAAAAAUAAUGAAGAGACGACUUCAAGAGUUCAGUAAUAAAGCUAUUAAAGAAAAGCUUAUGUAUUAAACUCUCUACUCAAUAAGUAUUUACAGUUAAAGAGAAACUUGAAGCCUCUUCACCCACCAGAUUUUCGAAAACCGGAAGGUAUCAUAAUGGACCCAGCAUAUGGUCUGACUACCAAAACUAUAAUUGCCUUAGAUUAGACAAGUCAUGUACUUUAAGGCUUCCUGUCCAAAUUUAUUGUACAAGUACAAAAUUUGUAGUUUCUUGCUGUACACGUAAUUUUAUCAAUGGGCUACGAAAUAAUCACAUGCACUGGCGUCUGAGUUUUAUUAGUCAUUCGUUUUGGCUUAAUACGAGUUGUUUUGUACUCUAUAUUUUACAAUAGUGUGGAUUAGGUUUGCCAACAAGUCUCUCUCAUGUCCCACUGAAGAUUUCAUAGAAUCAGAUAUAUAAGUAAUAAAAGGGAGAUAUCCUCCUUAACCAAGCUGUCCACGUAGGCAAUUUUAAUCAACCAAUUAGAGAGGGUGUUUUUGCCAUGUCAAAUAUGUGUUGAUUUUCUUGGGCUUCGACUUACCAUAAUUUUUAAAACAAUAGAACCCAACCCAUUAGACCAUAGACAGACCCAGCCAGCGACCAAACCAUUUCGACCUCUCCCUUACGCGUCUCUCAAAUCCUAUUAACCUAAAUCGAAUCUUCGUCCCUUUGUCGAUUCUUCAUCUCCUUUGUCGAUUCCUAAUCCCUUUUGCUCUUCCUCUUCUUUGAUCCGUUUCACGAUCUGACCCUAAACAAUCAAUACAACUCCACUCCGUUCUCUCUUUACUCUCAUUUAUGGAUUCGUUUUGCUUUUCUCCUUCAGAUUUUGUUUAUAUAACUCUUAAUCCGCAUUUUCUCCUUCUUUUGUUUAUACAACUCUUGAUACGAGUCUUAUUCCGAUUAAGCUUAGUUGCAAUGAGUUCCAACGGAAGUUCCAUCUCCGAGAAACCAAAAGGCGUUGAGUCUGACUCCUCUCCCGGACCGAUCAAACCCAUCGGAACACCCCAUGUCUCAUCCAACCACUCAAUAGGCGAUCUCCACUCGAAGCGAGACAAAGGCGAAGCGUCGGUCACUUCCGGUCUGACCAAACUCAGCGGCAAAACUGCUGUCUCUUCCGGCGUCUUGAUCGGCGUACCUAUGUCGAAGAACCCCAAUGGUGCGAUCAUUCACAGCACGAAGGCUGGUGUCUCCUCAGGUGUUAGAGGCAAAUCUGCUGUCUCUUCCCGCGUCAGGGGAAAAGCUAUUGUCUCGGCCGAAGUGGUGGCUUUCAAAGAUGUGAAAUACGGACCUCAUGAUGGCGAGUUGAGGUUCCGAUUGAUCCAUUUUUGGGAAGCUCGAAAUGUUGUGUCAAAGGUGCUUAUCGGUCUCGAGAUGCUUCUCAUCGACCAAGAGGAGACUGUCAGCCAGGGUUUCAUCCCAGCUGGGAAGAUAGACACUUAUUUGCCACACAUGAGAGCUGGUGGCCUUUACAGACUCAACAGUUUUUUCGGUUCUCACAACAAGAAUUUGUAUCGUGUUGCGGAACCAAGUUUCACCGUCACAUUCUCAUCGACUUCUGUCCUCUCUGAUCUAACGGACAGUCCGGUUUGUUUCCUUGAGGACCGGUUCCGGAUCCAUGGAUAUGAGGAGUUCGAUGCUGCCUGCGACUUGAGAGGGGAUCUUUAUGAUUAUGUUGGCCACAUCAAGCUUGUGAAUGGACAGGUUCUAAGUGAUAGUCUCAUGCUAGAUGAUGCCGAGAUAGCUUCAUCACGCCGCGUCUUGCUCCAUGUUCAAACACAUGAUGGUCCGGUGAUGAAGUUGUACCUAUGGGACAAGGCUGCCUCAGAUUUUAGUGAGAAAUUUAAAGCAUCUGGAGGAACCGCACGUGUUGUUUUGGUCACUACUUUAAACCCGAAACGAUUUGGAGGUGCCCUCGCUCUCUCCUCUAUGACGCCAUCACGUGUUUUCUUGGACAAAGAUGUUCAAACAACCGAAGAGUAUCUCACUUGGAUGAACGCGAACUUAUCUGUUGCCAACAGAGUUAACGCAGACGUUGUCACUAAGACUGAGACAAUGACCAUAGGCGAGCUCUUAUUCUAUAUUCAGCAGGAAGAUGCCAAGGUUGCUUGGUUUGAGUGCAUAGCAACCGUUGCUGAUGUUGUGCACGGUUCAUCCUGGUAUUACAUAGGCUGUGGUGUGUGCCACACUAAGGCAACCAAAGGGCCUACCACCCUUAUGUGUAAAAAAUGUGGGAAACCCGACAUUGUUGGUGUUCCACAGUACCUGGCCAAGAUCUCUGUGUAUGAUAAUGAGGAUCAGGCGUCUUUUGUGCUCCUCGGUGAUGCUGGACAUGAGUUAUCGGGAAGAAAAGCUUCAGAGUUGGUUGCAAGUUAUUUCGAGGCUAAUGAGAAUGUAGAAGAUGACCACUUGGUUCCGGUACCUCAGGCUCUUAUCGAUACCAUUGGACAGACUCGAAAAUUCAUUGUGAAGGUAUCAGAUCACAAUUUGACAGGCAAGACCCAAGCUUUGACUGUGACAGAGGUCCUCACCCCAGAAGAUCAAGAAGCUGAAGCCCAAGGAACUCUGCAGAAUGGAGUUGCUGAUGGUGAUCCUUCCACAUGCGCUGGGAUAGUGAAGAGGGCUGCUGAUAAGGUCGAGGCAGAAGACCCCAAGCGAGCCAGAUGUGGCUAGGAUGUGUUGAAUCGUGGUUUUAUGAUUACUAAGACUCUAUGCUUUGUUUUUUUUUUAAUCUCAGACUUUGUGUUUGCAACAUUGAACUAUCUUUCUUAUUGUCUCUGCAUAAUGUUUUUUACCUUAAGUUUGAUGUUUGAGCAUCUUUGUUUUGUUGGAUUUGAAGCUUUUACGAAUUUGGUUGUUUUAAGUCUUGCAGUUUACAUUUACAAAUGCAUUCACGAAUAGAUUUUUUAAGAAAAAAUUGUGUUCUAAUCAUUAAAGGUUUUGGUUUUGAGCAACCAUGUAGCAUCAUGCGAAUUUAACAUGGCUUAGACUGUUGGUCUAGGAGGUUCAACUGAUUCCAUUAUUAGGUUCAUAUUUUUUUUAAAGCAAGAUACUUAAGGACCUCAAGAAAGAGUUUGGUUGCAAUGGUACACUGGUUGCAAACACAAUAAUUGCAUAUAAAUAAAUAUAUUAUCAAUUCAAAUAUCACUAGAAUAAAUUAUUUACAUAUGUUCAGAAUAUUUAAUAUUAAAUCAAACAUACAGGGUUUUUUAUCAAAGAAAAAUUAUUUUAUCACAUAAAAUACAAUUUAAAAAUACUCAUGCAUUUGAAAUAUUUAGUAAAAAAAUGAAUAUCAAUUUUUUACAUAUCACAAAAAUAUUUAUUAUAAUAAAAUUAUACUUUUAUUGUGUAAGAAUAUUAAAAACACUUAUGUAUAUAUAAAAUUAUAUACAAUAUAUAUAAGGAGAUAUAUCUCUUUUGUUUUAAAAAAUUAUGAUGUAAACUAUUAUUUUGGAUUACACAAUAUAAAUUAUUUUUAUAUAAUGAUGAUUACCAAAUAACAAUUCAUUAUAAUUUACGAUAAUAUAAUAACAAACCUAAUUAUUUAUUUAAGAUAUGAAUAUUUUAUAACAAAAUAUAAAUUA